AUGAGUCCUGCUUCAGUUUCGUUUCCUCAGCAGUAGCCGCCCUGCUCACAUGAAGGCUAGCGGACUCUCUGUGCUGUCGCCAUUGCUGUUCUUCCUCUCCUCUCUGCAAACAAGCUCCGAACAAUGAUUGUUCGCUUUAAUUCAUACGACCGCUGCUUUAAGACCUUACCGCCCAGAGUAGACGAGCUUUUAGAGGGUAAUUAGUUGUCAACCUUUGUGACAAGUGUGGCAGUGAUCAUGAAUGCUCAGAAAAAUUAAGUGGUCUGUGUUUGUAAAGACAAAAGUGACGUCAUGGAGGAUCAAGCCGAAAUUAAGAGCCAGGGGGAGAAUCUGGCCACAAACGUCAAGGACUGGAGCAAACAGCAAGUGAAGGAAUGGGUUCUCAAGCUGGAUGGUGUGGAUGAGCAUGUUGCAGACAUACUGUUUCAGCAGGACAUUAACGGACAUAGUCUUUUGCUUAUAGAUUCAGCAGACUUAAAAACUAUGGGUGUGACUUUUGGACCAGCAAAGAUUAUCAUUCAUGCCAGAGAAGAUGUAGUGAAAUUAAUGAAAGAGAACCCACCAAGCUCUACAAAUCACUCUGGAAGUCCAAGUAAACCAUAUCCAUUUUGUCGUUACCAUGAUACUCAUAGAUACAGGGAGGACAGCAUCCUUGAUGUCACAGAAUCUGGUGCCUUAGACUUCAUUGAACCCUGUCAUGAGUAUAAAGCUUUCAUCAAUACUCCAGAUGAAAACAAAAUGAGUAAGUUCACAUAUGAAGUUAUACGCUUUGCCUCUGCCUGCAUGAAUAGCCGCACCAACGGCACCAUCCAUCUUGGAAUAGGAGACAAGCCAGAUUACGAACAUGGCCAAGUGUUGGGUGUGGUUGUUAAGGACAAAGAGGCUUAUAUUGAUAAACUUAAGAGGGCCAUUGAUGCUUGCUUUCAGCAACACAAACAGGUUGCUCAAAUUUGCAUCAAACCACCGCGAUUUGUUGGGGUUCUCAAUAAGAACUGGACAUCCUCUGACAAGUAUGUCAUAGAAGUGGACAUAGUUCCUGACUCUACGAUCUGUAAAGACAACAUCUACCACACUGCCACGUUCAAAGAGUGGACAUGGAUACAAGAAUCGAAGCAGCUCUAUAUCCGAGAUGGUGGCAGCAGCAGUAAGCUCCUUCCAAAAACCCAAACCCCCAAAGCUAUGAAAGACUAUGACCAGUUCAUUGCCAGGGUGGCUGAACUCUUCCAACUCCGAAAACAAGCAGAGGAAAAGCACCUUGAUGUAAUAAAGAGCAGUACUCAGGGUUCUCGAUUAAGUCACAUGAUAACUGGUGGAUCGCUGUCUUUGGAUAAGUCACACUUUGAGCAGUAUGUGAUAGUCACUAACAAAUCCCAUCCAGUCCAGUUUGAAUCACUAGGAUUUCUUGUUGAACUCAACCCAACGGCUGUUUUAGACUUUGAUCCAGAGUCGGCAGAACGUGGUUUAAAGUCAUACUUUGAGCAGCAGAGUACUGUUCAGGCACAUUUGCCAGCAAAGUAUAAAAUCACAGAAGGAGUUGAGGACAUUGCUAACAAGUUGAAAUUAACUCGUGGAACUAGCUGGGUGUUCUGCAAUGGAGGUAUUGAAGAUGAAAUUCCCUCAGAAGUAGAUCGCUGGUUGAUGGAAAAGGGAGCAUCUGUCCGAGACGUGGCUUCUUUCUUGUGUCAUAAAAAGGUUCUUCCAAACCAAAGAUUCCUUGUCAUCUUCUUACUUUUGUCAACUGUGAGUGAGAAAAUGGACCCUCUUGUUGAGACUUUCAUGACAUUCUGCCAGGAGCUCAAAGGCACAGAGCAAAUCCUGUGUUUAUGUGAAAACGAGAAAGCAUUUACUUCCUGGAAAGACCUAGUUGAGGCCCGGUGUGGGAUUGACAUCUCUGGUAGAUGCAUAUAUGAGCUCAGCUUUGCAGAGGUCAAUGGCACUGUUCUUAGUCUUCUGUCAAAGAACCGUAAAUCAAGCCGUUUCCUACCUUGUGGUGGGGGAAGCAAAGUGCUGCUGAAAAAGAAAGUGGAGCGCGGCCUGGAUACCUUAGAGAUCUUGUGCGUGAACCAGUGUGAAGGAGGAACUGAGGACAGACUUCAAAAAGAGGAAAACUUCUACAAAGGGGGAAAAGUUUCAUGGUGGAACUUCUUUUUCUCAGAAGAGCCUGGGUCCACACCAUUUAUCAAGCGAGACAAAUUUGACUACAUCGUGGACACAGUCAUACCGGAUUUGUGCUCCCUGACAAAAGCCUGUGUGUUGUUUCACCUCAUGCACGUACCUGGAUGUGGUGGGACAACUUUAGCCAAGCACACUUUAUGGGCACUCCGUGAGAAAUUCCGUUGUGCUGUGCUCAAAAACUGCAAGGCUGACUUUGCUGAAGUCGCUGAUCAAGCUGUCAAACUUUUAAUGUAUGACCAUGAGGAGCAACAACCACGAAUCCCUGUUCUGCUGAUGAUAGAUGACUUCGAUGACAAGGAGAAAGUAUUUGAGUUGCAGCAGCACAUUGAAAAAAAAUGUGCAAAGCAGAAUACUCGGUCAAAAACUGCACAGGUAAUUCUCCUGAACUGUAUGAGGUCAGAGUCUCCUGAACCAACUGAACAGUCAGCAAACACAGUUUUCAUUGGAAACAAUCUCUCUGACAAGGAGCAGAGACUGUUUGAGGAGAAACUUGUAGAAAUCGAGAAAACGCACAAAAAUGCUGAAACUUUCUAUGGGUUUAUGAUCAUGAAGAAGAACUUCAAGUCAGAGUAUGUUGAAGGUGUGGCUCGCAACACUCUGAAGAGCUUCAAUAUGAAUAAGAAACAUGCCCAACUCCUGGCUGUCUUAGUCCUACUUGAUGUUUACAGCAAGGGUUCUUGUCUCUCCAUCUCUCUCUGUGAGGAGUUUCUUGAUCUUCAACCAAAGCCAAUUUUUGGUACUGUCAAAAUUGAAGAUGGAUUUGGGAAAUUCUCCCCAUUGAUUGCCAGGUGCUCAGUUGAGGAUAAGGUGCGGUUCGAAGCUGUGAAAAUGAUCCAUUCAAGUAUUGCAUGGCACUGCCUGCAGGAACUAACAAAAACCCACAAUGUGAGCAAGGCUGAGAUCACUGACUUUCUGCUGACAACAGAAAAGCUCUAUGAGAGCACACAAGGCAAAGACAAACUCCUGCAAGAUGUUCGCCACAUCUUAGUAAAGAGGUACCAUUCUGUGGAGGAGGAAUCUCAGUUCUCUCCGCUGAUUCAAGAAAUUGCAGGCGAAACCCCAGGACAGGAAGAGAUGGUGCUACAAAAUGCAUCAAAAAGAUUUGAGAAAGAUGCCAUCAUGUCUCAGUUACUAGCCAGGUACUACUACCUUAAAAAGAAGGACUUCUUAGAGGCAAAGGUUUGGGCACAGGGAGCAAGAGAGCUUUCCAAAACCAGCUCGUAUAUUGCUGACACAUCAGCACAAGUUAUCAAGCAUGAGCUUAAGGAUGCCAUUGCCAAGUACAAGGAUGAGCCUUUUAGUACUGAAAAGUUGGAAGGAUUUCUCAAAAUGGCUCAGUCAGCAAUAGAAGCAUUCAGGGAGGCACAGAACCUUGCAAAGAAGGAGUCCAUUCAGCGCUUAAACACUGUGGGAGACAAUUGUCCCUUUAAUGUAUCAGGGUGUCUUGGAGAAAUUCAGGUUGGAGUGCUUGUUAUCUGGAUGCUGGAAAAGACCCCAAUAUUUUCUGCUGACAAUGUCCGUCAUGACAUUCUGAGCAGGGUUCUCUCUGGAGAAAUCAAGCUUAAGGAUGUACAGGGGCAUGAUAAAUGGGCAAGCAAACACAGAAGUUACUACAUGAUCCUCAGAGAUUUUGAGCAUGUCCUCAACAACCUCAAGUACAGGAUGAAGGCAAACUUUGACUUCCUGGAGAACUUUUACGUCAACUUGAGCACCAGAUUUGGAAUGAAAGACUGUCGUGAACAGCGAAUCCAUAAUGAGGUAUCCAGAUGUUUCAGUCAGUAUGCAAAGCUUUUCUGCCAGAUUGAUUCUGCAGCUUCCUGGAAGAAAGAGGCCAUGCCAAUCUGGCUGAAACCCCUACAGGCACGACAUUUCCUCGAGAGACAAAAAGCUGACACCUAUUCAGGGAUUCUGAAUAGUCUCUCAAAUGACGUCUCCCCUGAAACAAUGGAGAACAUCACCAGACGCUAUGAGUUUGUCUGCCAGCCUAAUCACAACCCAGCUAUGAGGGAGAGAAUCAACUACAUCUAUGCCAGUGUUGUGUUGAGUCGUAUCAAACUGGACUCCAGGCUUCUCCAGCCAUACCAUACACUCAUUCAGCUCCUCUGCCAAAUUCUGCGUGAGCAGAUCCCCUUGAGUGAUAAUUUGCCACUCUACUUCAUUGCUGUUUUGCUGUUGUGGCCACAUCAGAACCAGCCCAUUCGAGAAUGUGCAAGUCUUGGAAAGUACAUCUCACUGAUGAAAACAGCUUAUCUCUCAGUGAUGAGAGAGGUGGUGAAUGGAAAAAGGCCAGUUCUCCAUUUCUUCCUGGGGAAGAGGCAGGGUUACGAACGACUGGUACAACUGGGGGAAAUCAAAAAGUCCGUCGGGCAGGAUCAGUUUGAGUCCUCUUGGGAAAAUGGCAAAAUCUGGAAAGAGGAGAAGGUGAAAGAACUCCUUUGCCGGGUCAAUGGGGAAGUGAAGCAGGACAGGAUACUGGCACACACUUGUAUCCCUGAUCUGAAAGUUGAAGUCUCACCAGUGUUUAAAAGUGAGCUGAGAGGGCAUGCGCAAGGGUCAAGAGUGUCAUUCUUUAUUGGUUUCUCAAUGAAAGGCCCUGUUGCAGUUGACAUUAACUAAACCAUAACAGCAGCCUAAUCCAGCACGUCGUUUUAUUGGGUUAAUCAUUGUGAAUAGACUUCUGUGGGCCUACUGUGAAAAGGGAUUGAAAUACCUGUCUAAAAUAGUGAUGAUACUUUUUUGUAAGUUUAUUUUGUCGGAUGUCUUUGUAUAUUAUGGAUUUGUAGGUUGAGAGAAGAAACGUGAAGAGUCCUCUUAAAACCCCAUCUCUUUAUGUUAUCUUUGUAAGUCAUUAUGAAUAUGCAUCUUUCUUUACUGAUCACACUUCCUUUUAUCAUGUUCUUGUUGAAAUAUGUUCUGAGUCUUAAUGUUGUGUGAAAUGAAAUUAUGUGCAUCAUACAUUUUGCAAUAUCUUUACUAUUGGCUAAUAAGAAGUGCAAAGAAAUAUGCAAGAGUUCUUUCACUGUUUACAUGAUAACGUUUCCAGGUGAAAAUGCGAAACUUUUGUUGUGUUUUGGCUGUCUGUAACGAGAACAGCAUUUUGGGUGACUAAAAACGGAACAAUUUGGAAAGAAGUUCAAGAGUGAAAAGUUUUCAAAAUGCCUCCAUCUCCAUAGGCAAAAUGUGACUUUCUGAAAACGCAGGUAGAAGGUAGAAAGAUCCCCUACACAUGUGCGUGUUUCGGUUCAUUGCACAAUGAUACCGCGAUCUACUGGCCCGUCAUGUGUACUACAGCGUUUUUGGUGUCUUGUGUGCAUUAUUGUAACCUGACACGCCAGAUGGAUUUAUUUCACACAUCCAUCUGGAAAACCACUCAUAGACAGUGUUUGGGAAAGGGCAGAGGCUUUGAAAAAAAACUUGGAGGGGGAUUGGAUGAACAUUCUGUCCGUCACAUCUCUACGGGCCAUCCAGAGCAACAAAACACGUGAUGUAGUCACUGCCGACCUGCGCCCCUACCGAAGGUGUAAACUCCAUAAAGACAGCAGUGCAUAACGCGAAUCGUGGCAACUGUAGACAUGUCCCUACACGACUUUUGCCGUUUUGAAAGAAACAACUCACUGCUGUUCUUUGUUCUUCUUUUAACGAAGAAAUGUCAUCAAGUUCUGAUAAAACUGGUGCUUUCACAGCAUCCACACUAAUAUCUUCCGCCAUUACUCCACUGGCCUCUUGUUGCUGCUUACUUAUGUCACGACUGAAAGUACUGCUUCUCGUAGCUGAUUGGUCCUGUCACUUUCUAACCAGCCCCAGACGGUUCAGACGGGAGCUUUGCAAGAUGGAUUCGCCAGUGAGAGACACUGAACUGGGCAUAUCCAUCUGCUUUGCAAGGUUAGCAUUAUUGUGAGUGUGAGAUUAUUUUCAAUCUGUUACCGUCUGCACUUGAAACUAUUUGAAAACAAAGACAGAGAACGAAGCAGAACGUUGUCAUGUAAAUAGGGCCUUAAUGUACCACUGCUUUGCUAAAAUGAUGUUUCAUGACCUCUGAUUUGCUUGUCCUAUGUUUAAACCUGAUGUUUAAUUUUUGAUACUGAAUAGUUGAUUAUGGACUUUUAAUUUCAGCACUCAUCGUAGUUUUUUUUUUGUACCAAAAUGAUUGAAAUACUCAAGAGUAUACUAUAUUGCAUUUGUUGUCAUGUCUGGUAUUUGAUAAGUCAUUGUUAAAAUGAGAACUUUCUUGGAAGAUUUGUAAGAAUUUGCAGAAUUGUAUGGAAGGAUCUAUUCCUGCUAUUUUCAUAUAAAUAACUUGUACUGAAAAACUUUGGAACAACAUUGUACUCCACUUUUUGUGUUUGUUUAUGCAACUCAUUCCUUAGUUGAAGUUGAAUAUUGGACUAUUUCAUGUCCCUCAUUGGUCUUAAAACAAUGCAUUAACAGCUACUUAUAUCCGUUUUGUACAUUCAGAUACCAAGUGGUAAUAAUUAAUACAAAGUGAAUUGAACAAAAAUAGGAAAAAUGAAACAACCUCAUAAAUGAGAGCUGGCCCUUAUAAUCAGCUCGUCUGCAUAUUACACAUAAUGACUCCCUUGUAAUUUGUUACCUUGAAUUAAGGUGUCAUUUCAAUUUAGCCUGUACCAAACACAGUUUAUCAAAUAGUACAUCCCUGUGUCUUUCCAAAGUAAAGAGGCACUGCUAGCUGCUCAACUUGUUUUCUUAUUUGCCCUCAUUCAUUCUUAAUGCUAGCUGCCUCUGCAUACAGCAUGUCAGGAUGCCAAGCCACAGUAAGAGAGCCGCAGAAAUGAUGCCUGGCCUUUUGUUUGCACAAAAAGCAGGCAAGUGUGUUUAGAUACACCUGCUAUGGUGCAGUCAUUUGGUAUCUGAUUGCCCAAAACUCAUCAUUAAUGGUAUACAGGGCCAGAGUAUGAUAUGAUGUCAAAUAUAUAGGAUGUUAUAAUGUGAAUAUUACUGUUAUGACAUUGUUGAAGCAACUAUCUUUGUAUUCCAUGAUAAAAUACAGUUAUGAAAAAUCUGCCUAAUAAAGAUGUAC